UGUGUCUCGUCCGGAUAAACUCCUCUUCCCUCCCGCCGACUGGAGGCCGACCAACAGGUGGAUAGAACAGGACAUCGGCCCCCAGAUGCUACAUGUCUAUGAGCUGGUGAAUAAUGGUCCCAGUACUCUGAGUGUGUCUACCCUGGAGCUGCGGUGUCCUCGUCAGGUGGAGGGCCAUGGCCUGGUCUAUCCUCUAGAGGUCAGCACUGAGGGCCCGCUCAACUGCACCACCAAGAACAUCAUUAACCCCCUCAGGGUCAAGCUCCAGCCCUCCCCGUCAGAGGAGCCCCCAUCGCUGGCGUCGACCGGCCCCUCUCCCCCCCGCCAGAGCAGGGAGCUGCCCCGCGACCAGCUGUCUCAGCUCAGCAACCUG